GUUAAAAGAUUGUCUAGUCCUUUUUACGAUGAAGAGAAGAUCGAAGGACUCUCGAAAUAUGUUGUUUCCAUUCGAUCGCGAACUCCCAGUAAGUUUUUCGGGGACAAUCACUUCUGUGCCGGGGUCAUCAUAUCAAAGGAGUUCAUCUUGACCUCAGCCCACUGCACAAUGGAUAAACGCAAGAUAAUUUAUCGAAGUCGAGUGCUGUCGGUCAUAGCUGGAACUGAAAAUAGGCUGAAAUACCGCCCGAAUACCUCUAUCAAUCUGCCGGUAAAAAGGGUCUUUGUGCCGGAAAAUUUCACCCUACAGAAUACAAACAAUAUAGCUCUGAUGAAGCUGGGCGAGCCACUGCCGACAGAUAAUCCAUAUGUUGGAAUCAUUAAUCUGCCAACCACUGAGCCACAACGGGGUCUUAAUUACACGGUUAUGGGCUGGGGCCGAAUGUAUAAGGGUGGCCCCAUGUCGGCCAAGCUUCUGUACAUUGACGUGGAGCUGCUUCCCCGGGAAGAAUGCGAAAGGCUGUUAAACGUUUUCAAGGAGGAGAUGAUGUGUGCCGGAAACCUUCACAACAAUCUCGAUGAAAAUCCCUGUGCUGGUGACACUGGAGGGCCACUAAUUUUAAACGAGACUGUAUACGGAAUAGUGAGCUAUCGCAUUGGUUGUGGAUCCAAGGACCUGCCCUCCGUCUACACAGACGUCCAUGCCCAUGCAAAAUGGAUCCAAGACACGAUGCUCCAAAAUGGAUGUAGGAGCUUGAAAAGUUUCCUUUACCUUGUUUUGGCC